GUUAGAUGUGAGACUUGUUGGUGUGGAAUUAAAUUGGUGACUCAGGUCAUCAAGAAUCUCUCUUCCCUUGAUUUUCAAUUGGAAAAUUGUUUGUGAAAUUGGGAUGCCUUUAUUACCGAAAAACGACUCAAUCCAAAUUCGGGAGGUGUGGAACGACAAUCUCGAUGAGGAGUUUGAAUUGAUACGCAAAAUUGUGGAUGACUAUCCUUAUGUUGCCAUGGACACUGAGUUCCCUGGCAUUGUUUGUCGUCCUGUGGGAAACUUCAGAAAUAGUUAUGACUACCAUUACCAGACAUUGAGGGACAAUGUAGAUGUGCUCAAGUUGAUUCAGCUAGGACUUACGUUUUCGGAUGAGGAAGGGAAUUUGCCGACGUGUGGGACUGACCAGCAGUGCAUUUGGCAAUUCAAUUUUCGAGAGUUUAAUCUAAAUGAGGAUGUUUUCGCUAAUGAUUCGAUCGAGCUGUUGCGCCAAAGCGGCAUUGAUUUCAAGAAGAACAAUGAGAAGGGUAUUGAUGCAAAAUUGUUUGGAGAGCUUUUGAUGUCAUCUGGGAUUGUGUUGAAUGAUAGUGUGCAUUGGGUUACUUUCCAUAGCGGGUAUGAUUUUGGGUACUUGCUUAAAGUGUUGACGUGUCAAAACUUGCCAGAUACGCAAGUAGGGUUCUUCAACUUGAUCAAUAUUUACUUUCCGACGAUAUAUGAUAUCAAGCAUCUGAUGAAGUUUUGCAAUAGCCUUCACGGUGGACUGAACAAGCUCGCCGAGUUGUUGGAAGUGGAAAGAGUUGGUAUUUGUCACCAGGCAGGUUCCGAUAGUUUGCUCACAUCUUGUACAUUCAGAAAAUUGAAAGAGAAUUUCUUUAGUGGUUCAUUAGAGAAGUAUGCUGGUGUCUUGUAUGGUUUAGGUGUUGAGAAUGGACAUAGCAAUCAUUAA